AUGCACCUCGAUAAAAGCGAAAUCUCCUGAAAGCCAUCAGCCUUUUCCUCUCUGACAGGAGCCAUGAAAACUCUCCUGCUGAUGCUCAUGCUGCUCACCAGCCUCACUCAGUCCUUCAGCCACGGAUACAGCGACCCUGAGGAGGAGAGCUGGACGGACGGCAGAUUUGAGACUGAGAUUAAGUGGUUUGAACCUGAUCCAUUACAGACGAUGGUGAAGAAAAUGGUGCGGAGACCUGACCAACAACAGUUUUUUGGUCUAAUGGGGAGAAGAUCCUCAGCAAAAUCACAGAUAACACGGAAAAGGCAAAAGUUUCAGUCUUUUGUGGGCCUCAUGGGAAAGCGGAGUGUAGAGGGCUCUUUCUGAUGGAACUGGGAGCAGAAUACCACUCAUGGUACUCACCCAUUCAGUUUCAAGUUGAUGCGUUUCAAGA